GGGAGGCGUUACAACCGUUAGUGCGACGAAGAAAAUAUUCAAUAGGGAUGGCGGAUAUUUGACGGAACGAUCCGUCACCGAACGCCAUCGUUUGUCAUCCGACAAUUGUCACGGCAUGAGUGGGGAAAAUGAAGAGAAAAAAAAACAACAGAUGAUGGAAUGUAGUGAUGCAAAUUGUGCUAGAGCGGGAAUUUGAUUAAAUAUUGAAAUAGUCGAUAUCUUACGUGAAUUUACUAGUGGCAACUUGACCAAAUGAACUCUGUUAAUAGUUACUAGUUAGAUUCCAUGCACUAUUUCCCUGUUAGGGCUUUAUAUUUGCGCUAAAAUUAGAACUUAAACUAUAUUUGCCAUGCAACAGUAAGUAAAACUACAUCCUAUUGUUAAACUUAAGACUAAGAACUUAAAAUCGACUUACUAGGUAUACUGACUAGAACGAUAAUUGGGCGGUAACAAGGACAGGGACGUUGAGACUAGAGUCACUGAAAUGUGAGUACAACACGAUAUGAAUGAUGAAUCAUGGGAUGUAAUUGGAAACUUUAUAUUUUAGCUUUAAAGCGUUUUGCUGAAUAAAUUAUGGAUUUCGCUACUAAGACAGUGACCCGUUUUUCCUGCGUCUUACACCGUGCCAACAAUCUUUAAAGAUUUCAACUCGUUGGAAUCGUGCUGCUGAGUAAGUACUGCAUGGUUCGUAGAGGUCAAACAGAGGGUGAAUUCACGAUGCCUACUACUACGCGAUCCGCGGCUAAAGCCAGCGCGGAGGAACAUCAGUGCAUUUGUGGGAUAUGCAAAAACCCCCACCACGUAGCAGAGAUGGUAGCUUGCGAGCGAUGUCGUCGUUGGUACCAUCGUACGUGUGCGGGAGUGGCUGAGAGUUUCAACGGCAGGUGGGCAUGCAAAGAUUGCAUCUCGGUGGUGACCAUCAGCGAAGCCUCAAUAUCAGGACGGACUAGCAGCACAUCCAGAUCUACACGGGUUCAGCUGCAACUAAUGCGAUUAGAGGAGGAGAAAAGGGCCCAGGAGAAGCUGAUUCUGGAGCAGCAGGAGCAGGAUCGUAUCCUUCAGGAGAAGGCUCGGGCCGCAAAGGCUGCGCUGGAUAAGAAAUACCUAGACGAGAAGUAUGCUUUGCUUUUGGCCGAUGCCGAGGAUGAUGAUGCUGGGAGUCAUAGAAGUCGUCGAAGUCGUUCGAGCCGCAACAGCCAGGUGCAACAAUGGAUCCAUGGGCUGGAAGGAGCCGCCAAAGAAAACCCCACUCCUGAAAAUGUCGACGAUAUCUUCCCUCCGAUUUCGGUUAGCAAUCACGUUAAUAUAGACGAUGGAGCGUGCGGUGGAGGAAUGCUAGCGAAGUACACUGGAACAGUUCCGAAAAUUCCACAGAAUCCGAUGAACGUAGCAGCGAGCAGGGAAUUAGAUCAAUUUUCGUCCAGGCCUGCAAUUGGAUGGGUCGCAGACAACGUUGGUACUGAGGGAAUGAGUACUACAGCCGGAAUGAAAGACCCGAUCACAGCAUCAACUCCUAUUCGAUCGGAUGGUGUAGGUAGGCAGCCGACGGCGCGAAGUGUGAUACAAACGCAAUCAUCUAUGUACAUACAGCCAGUGUUGACACAGCCGGUGUAUACACAGUCGGUGUUUGCACAACCAAUGCAACCUCCACCCGUUCAGCCGAAGCUCGUCCCACGACCACCACUACCAACGUUCUUGUUCCAAGAACCAAUUUCAAGGCCAUCAGCUGACCACGUACGUUCGUCGCUCCCGCCGAUAAGUGAGUCCCCGCUGCUACAGUCGAGAGUCGGACAAUGUACACAGUUACCGUCGUCGAAUCCUGCACCACAACAGCCACAAACAUCUCGUACGUUGGUAUCGCCACCGUCACAGCCAUCGCAGGUAGUGCAGUCGUCGAUUGAUGCUUCCAUCCAGUUAGCUGAGCAAAUAUCGAGCAUGCAACUAUCACCAACGACAAGGGCGUCGUUCUCUCAGCUGUCGUCUCGGCAGCCGCACACACUGGCGUCGGCGAUGUGCGAUCAGCUCGUUGAGCAAUCGCAGCCUCCAUCUGUGUUGCGAGAAUCAAUUUCGUAUACCCCGCAACCACAGCACUCAUCCAAUCCGGAGAGAUUGGCCUCGCAAUCACCGAUCCAUCAGACGACGUCGUCAGUGUCGUUGCAACAACAGAACGAGCCAUAUGCUGCCCAGCUGCAGCAAAUGCAGAAUCAGCAGGCGAUGUGGGGCCAAUUCCAGCAGCAGUUGUCGGCCAGACAGGUAGUGCCGAAAGAGCUCCCUGUUUUUUCUGGUUGCCCAGAAGAAUGGCCACUUUUUGUGAGCAGCUUUCGCAAUUCCACUGCAAUGUGUGGAUAUUCUCAAGCCGAGAAUCUUAUGAGACUCCAGAAGUGCCUCAAGGGUAGAGCACUAGAGGCUGUUCGGAGUAAUUUGUUGCUGCCCUCCUCGGUCCCGAAAGUAAUGGAGACUUUGGAGACAUUAUUCGGGAGCCCAGAGCGAUUAGUUCAGUCGCUGCUCAACAAGGUGCGCAGCGUUCCUACUCCAAAGGCCGAAAGGCUCGAAAGCUUGGUAAACUUUGGUUUGGUCGUACAGAACCUCGUUGGCCAUCUGAAGGCUGCCAACCAGCAAGCCCAUCUGUCCAAUCCAACCCUGCUGCAGGAGCUGGUGGAUAAGCUGCCGCCACACCUUCGAUUAGAUUGGGCUUUGUACAAAAGGAACGCUGGACUCAUCGAUUUGGGAACGUUUUGUGAUUACAUGAGUGCCAUCACGUCAGCCGCGAGUGAUGUGGCCCACUUCACCGAUUUUGAGGGACCUCGCACUGGCGGGCACGAGAAGCAGAGGAAGGAUAAGGCCUACAUCAACGCUCACGUUUCUGCCGAACCACGAAGGAUCGAGCCGCAUGGAACGAAGGUGGAGAGCCAAGAAAGACCUUGCUAUGUCUGCCAGAGUGUGAAGCACCGUAUCAGGGACUGCAACAAGUUCAAGUCCUUGUCAUUCGGGGAUCGUAUGAAGGCGGUGGAAAACCAUCAACUUUGCUUGGUUUGCUUGGUGCCGCAUGGAAAGUGGUCCUGUAAAUCAACACGUACCUGUGGAAUUGGAGACUGCACCAAGAAGCAUCACCCAGCGCUGCACCCAAGUCAACAAUCGACGGCCAAACCAACGAAUUCUGAGAGUUCUGGAGCACGAUCGAAAUCGGAUGCCGUCGUGAACAUCCAUCGGUGGAAUCACAAGACUACGAUGUUCCGUAUAGUACCAGUGGUAUUGCACGGAAGGGAAGCCAAGAUCUCCACCUUUGCAUUCCUCGAUGAAGGUUCAUCGUCUACACUGAUUGACCAGGAGGUAGCUGACCUGUUGAACCUUGACGGUAAACGGCAACCGUUGUGUUUGACAUGGACUUCGAAGGUUUCUCGUCACGAAACUGAGUCUAGAGUGGUUUCACUGAGGAUUUCUGGGAAAGAAGGCAGCGAAAGUUUCCCUCUGUCGGGUGUCAGCACUGUACGUCAGCUGGAUCUUCCAACACAGACACUACAGUAUGAUGAAUUGUCGCGUCGGUAUCCGUAUUUGGCCGGACUUCCGGUUAACAGCUACGAGGACGCUAUUCCAAGGAUCCUGAUUGGGUUGGACAACAUGAAGCUCUCGUUGCCUCUCAAGGUACGAGAAGGACGGCGCAGCGGACCAGUGGCAGCGAAAACUAGAUUGGGAUGGACUGUCUUCGGAAGCACUGACGGCACUAAAGUGGACUUUCGGUCCCCAGUAUUGCACAUCUGCAAGAGCACUGAGGAAACCGACCUGCACGACCUGGUGAAAGGUUACUUCGCAAUGGAGAACCUUGGCGUUUCCGUAGCGGAAGGACCAGAAGCAGAAGAAGAUCGACGAGCGAAGGAGAUUCUACGGCGAACGACGAUCAAGCGUGCCGACGGGCACUACGAAACCGGGUUACUGUGGCGGUACGAUUCAGUGGAAUUACCAUCGAGCUACGGCAUGGCCGAACGUCGUUUGCUUUGCCUGGAGCGGAAGCUGAGAUCUAAUCCAGAACUGCAAGCGAGCUUGGAAAGGCAAAUUUCCGAAUACCAGGAUAAAGGCUAUGCUCACAAAGCAACGCCUCAGGAGUUGGCAAAUAGUGAUCCGCACCGUACAUGGUAUCUUCCACUAGGAGUGGUAACGAACCCACGCAAGCCAGGGAAAGUGCGUAUUAUCUGGGACGCGGCCGCCAAGGCAAGUGGUGUGUCUCUCAAUGAUGUUCUAUUGAAGGGCCCAGACCUUCUUACGUCGCUUCCAGGGGUAUUGUGCCGUUUUCGUCAGCGAGAGGUGGCGAUUGCAGGUGACAUCCGCGAAAUGUAUCACCAGCUGAAGAUACGGAAGGAGGACUGUCAGGCUCAGCGCUUUCUUUACCGAAGCGACCCGUCUCAGAAACCGGACGUUUUUGUGAUGGAUGUGGCGACCUUCGGUUCGACUUGUUCGCCCUGCUCGGCGAACUUCGUGAAAAACAAAAACGCGCUGGAGUGGAAGGAAGAAUAUCCAGAAGCGUCAGCGGCGGUGAUAGAGAACCACUAUGUGGACGAUUACCUGGACAGUCGCGAUACGGAGCAGGACCUGGCAAUCUUGGCAUCAGACGUACGGCAAAUUCAGGCGGAGGCUGGAUUCGAGCUACGAAACUGGCGAUCGAACUCAAGAAAAGUGUUACAGUCUCUUGGAGAAGAUUCGGCGAUCCCAAUGAAGGAAUUCAACGCCGACAAGGAAAGUCAGGUGGAACGUGUUCUAGGGAUGGCGUGGUUGCCGGCUGAAGAUGUGUUCGUGUACUACGUCAAGUUGCCGGACGACACUGAGCGUUCAGGUUCCUGCAAGGUCAUCACGAAGCGCAGUAUCCUGAGGUUUGUUAUGAGCGUGUUCGACCCGCUCGGACUGAUUUCGAACCUCCUCGUCCACGGAAAGGUGAUUGUACAAGACCUGUGGAGAGCUCAAGUAGGAUGGGAUGACGCUAUCCCCGCAGAAAUAGAGCAGAACUGGAUUCGGUGGAUCGAGUACCUUUCCAAGUUGGAGAAACUUCGGAUUCCACGGUGUUAUUUUGCCGGAUACGAUCCGGAUAGUUUUCGUUCGUUGCAGCUCCAUGUUUUUGUAGAUGCAAGCGAGAGUGCUUUCGCUUCCUCUUCCAGCCGGAAAAUGAGUGGCCACAGCCACAGAUACCAUUAG